AUGGAUGAUGGAAAGAGGGCUUUGGCGAAGAAGGUGGCUGCCAUCUUGAACAAGCACCGGGAGGCAGCCACCCAAGAUCUGAAGCAGCAGCUGGGCCAGCAGAAGAAGAUGGUGCUGCCUCCGCCGAAAGGAGCGAAGAGACCCCCCGAAAGCACCGGCGAGGCCAAGCCUUCGAAAAAACGUCCGAGGCCUACUACGAGGGGCGGCGAACACCAAAAGCUGCAGGCCAUCCGGGACAAGGACCGCGACCCGGAACCGGAGCACAGCGGCAAGGAGGACGGGGAUACCAAGGACGAGGAGGACGAGGAGUUUUUGGGCCCCAAGGAUGUCCCGAGCCCUCCGAACAGCGGCGACGACAUGGACGAGGCCGAGGACGACGAGGUGGUCGAGUCAGAGGAGCUGGACCGCUUUCUGCAGGAAAGCGAUGAGGAUGCAGAUGUGUUUGCCGGCGACUUCGCUGUGAAGACCAAGAACGAGGAGAAGAAGGAGGACGAGGAGACGACGAAGGCCGUCCCCGCGAAGGUCCAGCAGUACCUGGAGAAAUUGGACAAGGACCUCGUCUCCGUCAUCCCCAAGGAUCUGACUGAGUCCGACUACGCGAACUUUGUGCGGCUGCUGAACGCCGAGGGGCUGCUAAAACUGGAUGAUAUCAAGGCUAUUUCGAGCCUGCCAGGUACGAUAUCGGGCAGCCUCGGCCCGGGCAAAGGCUUCUACAACAAGCUCUCUAUCAAAGCCAAAGCGGCAUUGGACCCGUGGGGUCAGAGGCCUUCGCGACUCCCAGCCGGCGGCCAACGGGAGCUCCAGUGGGCAGCGGCUGAGCUGUUCCUGGACUGGCUGAAGGGCCUCGGAGAUGACGAUGCCUCCUGGGUUCAAUGCUCGCUGUACUUUAUGGCUUAG